AUGGGCGCCGCUCGCCGCUCCCGCCUGCCGCUGCCGCUGCCGCUGCUGCCGCUGCUGCCGCUGCUGCUGCUGGUGGCGGCGCUGGGGCCGCGGGGCCGCGUCUCGGGGCAGCUCCGCUCGCCGCCGCGGUGGCCGGUGCCCUACAGGCGCUUUGAUUACCGUCCAAAAACCGAUCCUUACUGCCAAGCUCGUUACACCUUCUGUCCCACUGGCUCUGCCAUUCCAGUCAUGAGAGAAGAAGAUGUCAUUGAAGUGUAUCGAUUACAGGCUCCAGUAUGGGAAUUCAAGUACAGGGACCUACUAGGACAUUUGAAAAUUAUGCAUGAUGCUGUUGGUUUCAAGAGCUCUCUAACAGGCAAAAACUACACAAUGGAGUGGUAUGAGCUCUUCCAGCUUGGGAACUGCACAUUUCCACAUCUGCGGCCUGGCAUGGAUGCACCAUUCUGGUGUAACCAAGGAGCUGCCUGCUUUUAUGAAGGAAUAGAUGAUGCACACUGGAAGGCAAAUGGAACUUUAGUUCUUGUGACCACAAUAUCAGGAACCAUGUUUAAUGAAAUGGCACAAUGGGUAAAAUACGACAAUGAGACUGGCAUUUACUACGAGACCUGGACAGUUCAAGCAAGUCCCGACAAAAAGUCAACAGUGUGGUUUGACUCUUAUGAGUGCUCCAAGUUUAUACUGAGAACCUACCAGAAGCUAGCUGACUUAGGAGCUGUAUUUAAGAAGAUACAAACAAACUACACAAGCAUAAUUUUGUUCAGUGGAGAACCUAUUUAUUUGGGGAAUGAAACAUCUAUUUUUGGACCACAAGGAAACAAGACACUGGCAGCAGCUAUAAGAGACUUUUACAAUCCAUUUAAACCUCAUCAGAGUGUCAGAGAGUUUUUUGUGGAUAUUUUCAAAAUAAUUGAUCAUGUUAUCUUUAAGCAUCAGUUUUAUCUCUUCUACAACUUGGAAUAUUGGUUUUUACCUAUGAAGUCCCCUUAUCUUAAAAUAGUUUAUGAAGAGGUCCCUUUGCCUGUUGGAAGCAAAGCAUCCUUUGGUGUAUGACUGACUACUGAAGAACAAAACUUGCCUCCAUGGCACAAUAUUCUUAAGGACUUUAACACCAUGAUGGUGUUAAAGGGUUGUAUGUUUCACUGCUGACUGUAAAAAAUUGUUUUGGGAGGGCUUUGCUGUACCAGGUGACAGACUCUGCAUUUGUUUUCUUACUACCUGUAUAACACAUUAAUGAAUGCUUCAGCUUCUCUGACCUGGCCAGCUUCUGUGUAUCCAUGGCCCCCGGCUGCCUGAGGGGAGGCUGCAGUGGCUCCUCUGGCUGAGCUCUGCAGUGCCAGAGGGGGAAGGGGGAAGCAGCUGCCUGCUCUUGGCUCAGGUGCUCUUCACAUGCAUGGCCACGUGGCAGCAGAUGGCACCUGGCCACCAGCAGAAGUGGGACACAAGUUACAAGGACUAACUCACUCAACAUGGGUGUCUGGAUGUGUCCAGUUCCUUCAACAUGUGCCUUACACUGAUGUUCCUGUAGUUCUUUGGUUUGUACAGCUGGGACCUAUGGACUAUUCUCUGGUAUUCUGGGGCAGUGAAUGUACUGGAAGAUGGCAAGGGUGAUGCUUUUUCACCACUUUUCUUCCUUCAACUGCACUGUAAACACAAUACAGAUGGCUCUUCUUCAGUUUCAUGUGUGUUUUGUGGCACAGGUAAAAGCCUAACUACCUGCCUUGAUGCUGCCUCAGGCAUAAUUGCAGUGUUCUUCCAGUCUACUAUCUUGAAGUCUACUUGAGGCUUCAGUUGGUCAGUUUUGUAGAACUUUUGUAUAUUCCUUUCUAAUUUUUUUAAAAAGCAUAGAAAUCUUAAUAUGAAAGAAGUAAUGACAGCUUGUUGGGUCAUCAACAUUGGAGAUAAAAAUCCAUGCUUGUCACAGAGCUGUCUCUGAAAUGUGACUGCAGCCUCUUGCUGUCAGUGAUAUUUGCAGUAGUGGUGCUUUGCUAGCUGUGUUGUCACUGGGUCCCGUUCCAGGCUCAACUUGGAGCACUUUGGCAACUAGUUAGUUCCCUUUAAACCCAAGGGACCAAAGCCAGAGGAACACUGGCUUUCUGGAAACUAUUGAGGUGCCUGCACACUGAAAAACCGCAGCUGCAGCAAUGUAAUAAUUUCCAUGUGUUCACUGCUUGCUUGGAUGUUUUGGUUUUUUUUUUAAACUAGCUGUGGGAUAAAAAGUGCUCCUGCAGAGGUUAUUGCUGUUUUGUGGGCAAGCAGGAACACAGGAACGCAACUCUGCAGUUUCAUUUGGCUUGAGCCAAGCUAAUACCCUGCUACAGCCAGAGACGAGAGUACACAGUGCUUGGAUUCAAAUAAUGAGUGGCAGAAAAUUACCCUUGUAUUCAAAAAGUCACUAAAAUUAAUUAGUUGAAUUGCAUUAUCAUGUAAUGCGAUGAGCAUGAGAGAUAAUGGGAGAAAAAUGAGAGGAUGAGCACACCUUUCUUCAAGCUACGUGAAACUUCAUCUUUUACCAAGACUGAAAGACUUGAGUCUUUUUUUAGCCAAAGUCAACAGGCCCUUGUGACUGAGCUCAUCUUUGGAUUAAGAUACUGUCAUGGUUUCAUCCCAGCCAGCAAUCAAGCACCACACAGUAGCACCAGGAAGGUAAUCCAAGAGGCUUUAGGGAAGUGAAAGGGGCUGCAGCAAGCUAAUCUACAGAAGUUACAUUCUCAUUGACACAUAUUUUCAUGUCUUUGAAACCCUCAAUGUUGUUAAACCCUAAAUGUUUCCUGUUUUCCCAGGAAAAAGUCUCAACAUCAAAAACCACCGUUCAAAGCUCUGAAGGGGAAAUAGGAUCACAGAGCCAGGCUCAUAGAUCACACUGCCAACCACGUGAGGAUUCCUCCAUGCAGCGUGUCUGUUUCACACUUUGACAAUUGGUACCUUUAAAGUGAGGAUAGCGUUCAACAUAGGAGUUGCCCUUUAUAUAACAUACAUGAGUUCCUUCUGAGGCCAAUAUUUAUGAGAGAGCUCUCACGUACUUUACUUCUCUCUGUGCUUGUUUCUGCUCCCUGCUUUUAUGCACAUUGCACUUGAGGGCAAAAACAUAAAAUCAUUCUGUACUACAGUGAUUUCCAAAUCUGCACGCUGGUCUUGUGCAAAACUGCUGCAUUGCCACACCUAUGGGCUGCUCAGGGUUGUAAGCCACAUUUCAUUCCAGGAGAGUUCUCCAGCAAAGCAGAUCUUGGCUUAUCAUCCAUCAAGAUCAAAAUCUCAAAGCACCAUACAAUGAAAGUCACUGGUACCAAUGCUCUCUGCCUUCCCCCUCACAAAUCCACCCCCAGAUGUUCUAGAUUAGGAGAGCUGCUGCCUUCAGUAUCUUAACUUGUAACUUCUUGGAUUCAGAGGUAAGAUUUGUCUCUGCACGUUAACUCCUACCCAAAGCUGGAUAAGUGAGCCAACACUUGAGUUGUUAUUCUGAAAAAAAGAAAUAAAGGUGAUCUUGGGGAAAAUGAUAUAUGUAUGACA